AUGGCCCCAGAGAAUGACUCUUCAGUGACCGAGUUUAUCCUGCUGGGUUUAACACAGCAGCCUGAACUUCAGCUGCCUCUCUUUUUCAUUUUCUUAGCAAUUUAUGUGGUCACUGUGGUGGGGGACAUUGGCUUGAUCCUUCUUACUGGUCUAAAUUCUCACCUUCACACCCCCAUGUACUAUUUCCUUUUCAACCUGUCCUUCAUUGAUCUCUGUUACUCUUCUGUUUUCGCCCCCAAGAUGCUGAUGAACUAUGUCUUCAGGAAGAAUACCAUCUCGUUUGUGGGGUGCAUGACUCAGCUGUUUUUCUUUCUUUACUUCUUCACUUUUUUUGGUAUUUCUGAAUGCUAUGUGCUGACAUCAAUGGCCUAUGAUCGCUAUGUGGCCAUCUGUAGCCCACUCUUGUAUAAUGCCGCCAUGUCCCCUAAAGUGUGUUCCAGCCUUAUGCUCAUUUCCUACUUGAUGGCCUUUCUGGAUGCCAUGACCCUUAUUGGAGGCAUGUUGAGACUGACCUUCUGUGAUGCAAACACUAUCAACCAUUAUUUGUGUGACACCUACCCUCUGCUCCAGCUCUCCUGCACGAGUACCUACAUCCUUGAGCUGGAAAUUAUCAUCGUGUCAGGAAUCAACAUCAUUCUUCCCAGUCUCACCAUCUUUGUCUCUUAUGGCCUCAUCCUCUCCAACAUCCUUCACAUCAGCUCCACAGAGGGCAGGUCUAAAGCCUUCAGCACCUGCAGUUCCCACAUCAUUGCUGUUUCUCUGUUCUUUGGAUCUAGUGCAUUUGUGUAUCUCAAACCAUCUUCUAUGCCCAUGAAUAAGGGAAAAUUCUCUUCUGUCUUUUACACCAACGUGGUUCCCAUGAUGAAUCCCUUAAUUUACAACUUAAGAAACAAAGAUGUUAAACUUGCUCUGAGAAAAGUCCUGAGGAUGGUGAAGUUUUGA